AUGGGUAUAACAAGGAUUCGUGCGGCAAAGAGAAGAAGCAGACAGGAGAAACAGGAUGAUGAACUGACGACAGACAGUUGCUACAACUACGGUUACAGCUACAAUCGCAAUCGUGGUAACAGCUGCAGCUACUGUCAGUUACUGUUACAACCGAAACCAGAUACGACUGCAGCUAUGACUGUUACUGCAGUUAUAGCUAUAGCUGUAGCUGUAGCUGCCAGUUAUACAAACUGCAAAUGCAUGGUAAUGCAAUCUAUCGAUUAUUAA